AUGUGUAACGAGUUUCGUUCGGGGAGCGUCAAAGGCGUUCUUCCACGAUUUUAUUUUAUUUUUCAGUUAGCACUAGUAGCAAUUAUUUUAGCAGUCGCUCUAGCGCGACCGGAGCCUCCUGUCAAUUCGUACUUACCACCGGGUGGUAAUGGUGGUGGAGGGGGUGGGGGUGGGGGUGGGCCGUCGAGUCAGUACGGGCCACCCUCGGGGGGUGGUGGAGGAUUUGGUGGACAGGGACAGGGAUUCGGCCAGCAGGGAGGCCAGGGCGGCAGGCCGUCCGGUAGUUAUGGUCCACCGGGUGCAGGUGGUGGUGGAUUUGGUCAGCAGGGAGGACAGGGAGGUGGGUUUGGUCAGCAAGGGGGCCAAGGUGGACAGGGAGGACGACCCUCGAGUAGCUAUGGUGCUCCUGGGGGUGGAGGUAAUGGUAUCGGUCAGCAGGGGGGAUCGGGAGGGCAGGGAGGUAGACCUUCUAGUAGUUACGGGGCUCCUGGUGCCGGCGGUGGUGGAUUCGGUCAACAGGGUGGACAGGGGGGACAGGGAGGGCGACCUUCAAGUAGUUACGGUGCACCUGGGUCAGGCGGGGGCGGUUUUGGCCAGCAAGGGGGACAGGGAGGCCAGGGAGGCAGACCUUCAAGUAGUUAUGGUGCUCCUGGGUCAGGCGGAGGCGGAUUUGGACAGCAAGGGGGACAGGGAGGCAGACCUUCCAGUAGUUAUGGUGCUCCUGGGUCAGGCGGGGGUGGAUUUGGUCAGCAGGGCGGACAGGGUGGAGGAUUCGGACAGCAGAAUACCUCACCACAAAGACCUUCAGAUAGUUAUGGACCUCCUGGCGCAGGCGGCGGAGGAUUUGGACAGCAGGGCGGACAGGGUGGUGGAUUUGGACAGCAGAAUACCUCUCCACCGAGACCUUCAGAUAGUUAUGGACCUCCUGGUGCAGGCGGCGGAGGAUUUGGACAGCAGGGCGGACAGGGCGGUGGAUUUGGUCAGCAGGGAGGACAAGGUGGACGAGGACAGGGGGGACGACCUUCGAAUAGUUACGGCGCACCCAAUGCAGGCGGUAAUGGAUUCGGUCAGCAGGGGGGACAGGGGGGACAGGCAGGUUAUCCAAGUGGCCCUGCUGGUCAGGGCGGAUUUGGUGGACAGGGGGGUGGAGGAGGCGGUGGAAGGCCGUCUGGUAGUUACGGAGCUCCGGGAGCUGGCGGCAGUGGAUUUGGAGGUGGCAACAGCGGUUUCGGUGGCUCUCCACGACCUGGAGGUUCGGGGGGUGGAACUCCAUCCGACAGUUACGCACCUCCUGCCGCUGGUGCUCCCGGUGAUGGAUAUGCCUCAGGGGGCCCCAGUGGUGGCUCAAGUGGUUACGGCAGUGGUGGGCCAGGCGGUGAAGAGAGCAACGAACCGGCCAAGUACGAAUUCAACUACGAAGUUAAGGAUGCUCAAUCAGGCCUUGAUUUCGGACAGACGGAGAGCCGUGAUGGCGAUCGAGCCCAGGGGAUGUUCAAUGUUCUGCUGCCAGAUGGAAGGAAGCAGAUUGUUGAGUACGAGGCGGAUCAAGACGGGUUCAAACCGCAGAUAAGAUACGAGGGGGAGGCGAAUGCCGGUGGCUACGGCUCGGGGGGGCCCGGAGGCGACUCGGGUUAUCCAUCUGGUGGACCUGGUAAUUCCGGGGGACAAGGGGCAGGCAAUUUCGGUGGUAGUGGAGGUGGUUAUCCCUCGGGCGGUCCUGGAAGUAGCGGAGGUUUCGGCAGCGACAGUGGAUAUCCCUCUGGCCAGCCUGGCGCUGGCAGCGGUGGAUUCGGUGGACAAAACGGCGGUGGAAAUCAAGGAUAUCCAUCUAAUCAAUCGGGUGGUGAUUUUGGCGGUAAUCAGGGUGGCUAUCCAUCGGGAAGUGGCGGUGAUGCUGCUGCUAAUGGUGGAUAUCAAUACUAA